UGAUAUAUGCGAACUGACCAAUAAGAGUAGUGGAGAGGCGUGAUCCAAUGAGCUUUGUUACCUCUUUAGCUCCCGUUCGACCAUUCAUCCUUACUCGUUUUCUAUCUUUUUCCAUUCACUUUUGUAUUCUAUCUCGCUGAUGUACUGGGCAAACUCGCAUGGGUUAGAGUCUAAAUCUAAAAGUGUGUAUUGUAUAUGUAACAAGCCAAGAAGACCAGGGGAGAAGGGAGAAGUGUCGUAGACACGCGCGACCACCACUUCUACUUCAAUAUUUCUCUCUUACCUUUAUCGUUUAUUUCAAGCUCUUCAGGUUUUUACUCAGUUCUCAUUUGAUCGUUGAACGUUGUAGUGACAUACCGUUGGUUUCAACAAGUGAUCACUAGUUAUAUCCAUUUCCAGUUAAAUAAACUUUAAUAAAUGUUUUUAUUUAUUGUAAAAUAACAAAAUAAUUAUAAUAAUUAUUGUUUUUUUUUUUUUAAUUACUCUAUUUAUUUCUGCAUUACUCGUAAUUACGUUUAAAGUAUUAGUUUCAAUUAACUUCAAUGAGGCACAUAACGGAGGAUACAAUGAAAGAAAAUAUUAUAAAACAAGAAAUAAAAACUGAUUGGGAGACUCAUCAACCAGAAGAGUCAUCACCUCAAGUAGCAAGAACUGCAGAGGAACAAACCAAUGGAGAGAGUCCACAAAGUGUUAUAACAACAAGAAGACACGUAAGAACAAUCACAACAACUGGACAUAUUACCGAAACAAUUCCAGAGGAUUCAGAAUCACCGGCAUCAAGUCCAGAAGAAAAAAAUAAACUUAUGCAACACGUUGUUCAAGAGAGCCAUCAAACACAACAAGAACAAAAUUAUCAAGACCAUCAGCAAUUUAUUCAUUUACAUUCAGAAGAAGGUUCUCGAGAUCAGAGUAACAAUCAGCAAAUAGUCUACACGCCCAACAAUGGAGAAGAAAUGCAGGUUGACACUUCGAACGAAGGACAGGCUAUUACACUAGCUAUUAAGGAUCAGACUAAACAUUAUGGAAUUGAAAAAUUCUCUAGAUUCCACAACACUGGUGAAAGAGCCGAAGUAGGAAGACUCUAUGUGUACUCAGAUAAUAACGACCAAAAAAAAAGCCACAUGAUCCUUCAAGUACAAAGGAUGUCUGAUGAUCCUAGGCGACAUCACCAUCAUCAUCACCAUCAACAACAGCAACAAAGAUUUAGUCCCCAUGAAAAUGGUCAAGUGAGGUACCAAGAGUCUCCGGCAACCUCUACCGAAGAAUACGAAUCCAAUGCUAUGGUUUCUCAAGCGGCCACAGUGCAAUUAGGAUCUCCUACAUCCUUCUCGGCGCCAGUUGAGGUUAUCAGAACCACUCAACAUCAGCUAAUCCCUUCAGGGUACUCUGAGGCCACCAUUAAAUAUGACGUCGCUGCGGUUGCUGCAGCUUCAGACAAUAUUAAAGCUAGUAGUACUUAUACAACUCUUGAAACUGUUGCUAUUCCUCCAACCCAAACUGUUCAAUAUUCUCAAUAUUUACCUGAUGGAUUUCAACACACUACAAAUUAUACCUACGCUAAACCUGGAGAUAUUACUUAUCUUAAUUAUUCUAGUGGACAGCCAAAUUCUCGUGGAGCGGAAAUGGAUACACCAGUUUUCAUUAAAAGUGAUCCAACUUUAACAUCAUCAUCUUUGAUCAGUGGAACUCGAACAGCGUCUCUCUAUCAUGAACCAGGUUCUCCAGGUUCUCAAGUAACAAUGUAUGGAGCUGGUGGAGCUGCAUUUCAAUAUGUGAAACCAACUAGUGAUACUUAUUGGCAACCAUCUAGUUCAGCAUCACCACCAACUCUUGAAUAUGUCCAAAACUAUUCUAGUGUUGCAACUAUUUCAACAAGUGAUUCAUCUUCUAUUAUGUAUAAUGGAGCUGGUUAUGUGACUCCAGCGAGUAAUGGUUCACCCUCACCAUGGACAUUAUCUGAAGAAGCUUUCGACGGGCAAAUUAUGUCUACAGAAUCUAAGGAAUGUGUCAAUUGUGCCGGUAGCAUGACUACCUUGUGGAGAAGAGAUGGAAGUGGUAAUUUUUUGUGCAAUGCAUGCAGAUAUUUCAAAAGCAGUGGUCCAAAUCGAUCAGCUGUAAGGUGUCAUGGAAAAAUCAAACAACCAAUAGCUCCUAAUGGAAGAAGAACUGGGAUCCAAUGUGCCAAUUGUGGAACUAGCAACACAACACUUUGGAGGAGAAAUAAUAAUGGUGAACCUGUUUGCAAUGCUUGUGGACUUUAUUUUAAACUUCACAAUGUCAAUAGGCCAAUGAGUAUGAAGAAAGAGGGAAUUCAGACACGAAAAAGGAAACCAAAGAAUCAUUCAACAGCAAUAACAGGAGUAUUAACAGGACAAUCAAAUGUUAUUCCCAAGACCGAGAUCAAGUCCAACUUACUCGUGGACUCAAAGUUGCAAUUAAAUGUUCACUCAAGUGCAGGUGGGGUUGAUGAUGGAAGGGCUGAAGAAGAUCAUUACUUAAAUACACUUACAUCUACACAAUUGGGCCAUGCUCAUUCACCAAUUGCAUUACCCUCUGCUGCUGUAUUAAAUCGACAAACAACUCUAACUGUGCCUCCAUUAGAACCAAUAACGAAUAAGUCAACAACAGAUUUGACAGUAAUCAAUCAACUAAACUGCAAUGACAAACAUCUAUAGAUCAUAAAUUUUCAGUUGGUAACUUACCUACAUAAAUUUUCUUCCUUAUUAACUGUUUCUCUCUUGUUAUUACCAACAGUAGGUGUGAUAAAAUUGAAUGCGUUUCCGUCAUUACCGACCGAUAUAGUAGACUUGAAAUAAUUUGAAACUAUUAAAAUAUUAAUUUUAAAUAAUAUAUUUAAAAAAAUGAAUAAAUCAAGUGUCAUAUUAAUGCCUUAAAAUUAUUUCUAAUAUAAUUUUAAGACAUUAACAGCAAUCUAAAGAGUUAUAUUAGAAUAUUAUUAGAUUCUUUUUUUACAUGCAUUCGAUAAAGAGAUUUUUAUUCAUUAAAUUGUAUAUAUGAAUUUUAUACGUUGCCCAAAGAUUAAUACUUUAGAUGUAAGUUUUAAAAUUAUAUACAUAAAUUUAAUUUUAUGCAUAAUUUAAUU